AUGGGUCGCCGCGUUUGCUUCAAAAAAGGGCCCGAGCUCGCCGUCUGUCUCGAGACAGGCGCGCCCGUCGCGCCGCUCUCCAUGCGCCCCGACGCGCGCGCCCUCUUCACCGAGCGCGCCAAGGACAAGGCUGCUUUCGACGCCGCGAUGCGGCAGCUCACCAAGCGCUUCGCCCGCCUGCGGCUGGACGACGGCUCUCCCGACGUGGACAUGGUCGAUGCCACUGCCGCCGCCGCUGUCGACGCGGAGAUGCUCGACGCCGCGCUGCCCCAGGGAGGCGGUGGUGGUGCGGGCGCUGCUGCGGACGCAGACGAGGACGAGGACGAGGACGAGGACGCGGCCGCUCAGCGACGGGGCGGAAUGGUCGUCGAUGCCGAGGCGGCGCGCGAGGACAUGAUCAUUCGGCGGCGCGUGCAGUUGGCCGUGAAGAAGGCGCGCGCGCUCAGCCGAGACUCCAUCGCCGACGGGUGCCUCGACUUUGCCUUCCAUGUCUGCCGCGGCGGCUCGAAGCUGCACCGUAGGCUCCUCGGCUGCUGGGACAAGUACAGGUACAGCACCAAGAUCGGGACCUACAACGGGGACGAGAGACGGUAUGCCGUCGCCGGAGACGAGGCGGCUGUGACCCACUUGGCGUGGUAUGCCGAGUACACUACGGCCAUGUCGGCGCAACGGGCCUUUGAGGUACAGGGCGGGGAGUUGAAGUAG